AUGGGACUUAUUGGUGGAAUUGGUGCCCUCAUUUAUGGUUUAAUAAGACCUAGUUUAACUGGAAUGAUUGGUGGUGGGGUUGUUUUUGGUGUAUCGGCAAUUUUUAUUAUUAUCCUUGUUUUGGUUCUUAAAGGUUGUUUCAAAAACAAUAAUGUUAAUUCAAAUACAAACGAUCUACAAUCUUCUACAGAUGGGCGUCAAUUUAGACGAAAUCAUCAAGUAGAACGUGAACAAGUUUCUUCACAUGAAAUAACUGUUAUUUCUGAAACGCAUAAAUAUGAUCAACAACAACAGAAACUACAUCAAUAUGAUAAAAAACCUCGUUCACGUCUUACUUCUACGGAUGGAUUAACUGAUAGUACAAAUCAUGGUUAUAUUAAACAAACACAAAAGUCGUCAACAAAAGUUUCUCCUGUUGACUAUUUGAAUCAAAGUAGUCAUUCAAUUAAUAAUCAAAAUCUUAAGUCAUUAAGGAGUUUGGAUGAACAAUAA